GGUUUCUGCCCAUCAUCAAAAACACACGCCAAGACUCAAAAAAAAAAGAGGGGAAUCAACCAUUCCCCAAAUCCAUUCCCCUGUAUUUUCUUCAUUCCUUCACUCAACGAAACUCAAACUCUUUUCCUAUUCCCAAAUCCCAAAUCCCAAAUCCCAUUCCCAAAGAUGGUGAAUCUGAUACCCAAAUCCCCAGAAGAAACCACAAUGAAUGAUCAACUACUAGAGAAUGAAACAAAGAGAAUACUAGGGAAUGAGAAUGGGAAAAAGGGAAAGAAGUUUGCAGUUUUACUAUGUGCAGAAGAUUCAGAGUAUGUAAAGAAGAAAUAUGGAGGGUAUUUUGGGGUAUUUGUAAGAAUGUUGGGUGAAGAAGGGGAAAGUUGGGAUGUAUUUAAAGUAGCUAAAGAUGAAUUCCCAAAUGAAAAUGAAAUUAAAAUGUAUGAUGGAUUUGUUAUUACAGGAAGUUGUAGUGAUGCCCAUUCUAAUCAUCUUUGGAUCUCUAAUCUUUUGAUUUUACUUCACAAAUUGGAUUCUCUCAAGAAGAAAGUUUUAGGCAUUUGCUUUGGUCACCAGAUAUUGGGCCGAGCAUUGGGUGGUAGGACUGGGCGGGCUAGUACGGGAUGGGACAUUGGGCUAAGAACAAUUCAAUUUUCACCCUCAUCAAGUACUCUAUUUUCAAAGCACAAAAUUCCUGCUAUGCUCAACAUCAUUGAGUGCCACCAAGAUGAGGUAUUGGAACUUCCUUCAAAAGUUGAGGUAAUUGGUCGAUCGAGCAAAACAUCUAUAGAGAUGUUUAGAUAUGGUGAUCAUAUGAUGGGUAUUCAAGGUCAUCCUGAGUACAACAAGGACAUUGUUCUUCACUUGAUUGAUCGCCUUCUUCAAAGGAACUUAAUUAUGGUGAAUGUAUUUGCAUGGAUUGGCAGGAAGCACAUGCUAAUGAAGUGAGGGGCAAGUUCGUGGAGUCGCAUGAUCCAGACAAAGAAGCAUGGAGAAAGCUUUGUGUCAAUUUUCUCAAGGGAAGAUUGUGAUAAUUAUGCCAUGGUAAAUCAUAUCAUAAUUAAAUAAUUAAAUAAAAAAAAUUAGAAGCAAAAAUUAAAUAAUUGAAGAAUGAGAAGAUUUCUUGGGGUAUAUAUAAUUAAUAAUAUUAUGAAAUGACCUACUACUUGAUUACUUGUAGUAUUAUUAGUGGUAGUAGAGCUAGAUGGUAUAAUUAAUUAAGAGGAAUGAACUAGGGUUAUUUAUUAGGUAUUACCGAAAAUUUUCUAGAGGGGUUUGCUUUGAUUUAUUCCAUGAGUGAUGGAGCAAAAUGUAUAACAAACUUGCAAUUAAUGAAUUAAAUUUCUCUC